AUGGACAUCCACUCCUCCCGCCACAACCCCAACUUCUGCGACCGCACCCUCUCCCAGCGCCUCGAGAUCGAAGCCCAGCUCAUCGCCUUCCGCCGCCAACUCAACGUCAUCGUCAAGACUGAAGACCAAGCCGCGCUAUCGGAUUUGCACGCGAGAGUGAAGACGGCUGGGGAGGGGUUUGUGGAGAGGGUGCCUCGGCAGCCGACGAUCGAAGGCUACGUCUGGCACGACGAAGCGAAGCGCGUCGCGGUGAUGAAGGAAGUCGAGGCUGUGAUGGCGCGGGAGAAGGCGGCGCCGCCGGUGGUUAGUGAGAUGCAGGAGGUGGAUUCGGAGAGUGAGGAGGGGUGUGUGGUGUCGCCACCAAGGCGUUUCGUACAGGAGAUUGCGCAGCGGGCGUUGAGUGAGGAGGAAGGGAGGGAGAGGAAGAAGGCGAGGGUUGAAUGA